ACACCAAAAAACCACCAGAAACCCACCCAAAGCCGCACUAAAUUUGAGGGAACAGCGAAGGCAGGCGGCAUCGGCUGGAAAAUGCAUCUCACUCGGAGCUGCAUCGGCUUCCUGAUCCAGGGGAGCAUUUCUUUGCUGGUGGUCUGCGGCCAAGAAGGGCCAGGGAAAGGCGCUGAGCAGCGUGAGCCUGAGAGCCAGGAGGGAGACCAAGCGCAGGAGACCGGAGAGCUGCUCCCCACCAAACCCCUGCUCACCCCAACCUUGCUGCAGAACGUCACCCUCCUGGAGCUGGUGAGCAGCUCGCGGGAGCUGUGGGAUAUCCUGGACAACCUCUCGGAGCGGGAUCACGCUCCACAUCCCCGAGGACAGAGGGACUUGGAGUCGGCCUCGGGCAAACUGAAAAAAAUUUUUGGUUGGGGAGAUUUCUAUUCCAACAUCAAGACGGUGAAGUUGAACCUCUUGAUCACCGGCAAGGUGGUGGAUCACGGCAACGGCACCGUCAAUGUCUUCUUCCGCCACAACUCCACCGGGCAGGGGAACAUCUCGGUCAGCCUCGUCCCUCCCACCAAGGCUGUUGAGUUCGACCUGGAGCAGCAGAUCUUCAUCGAGGCCAAAGAAUCCAAAAUCUUCAACUGCCGCGUGGAAUACGAGAAAGUGGACCGUGCCAAGAAAACCACGCUGUGCACGUACGACCCAUCCAAGACCUGCUACCACGAGCACACCCAGAGCCACGUCUCCUGGGUCUGCUCCAAGCCCUUCAAAGUCAUCUGCAUCUACAUCACCUUCUACAGCAUAGACUACCGGCUGGUGCAGAAGGUUUGCCCCGACUACAACUACCACAGCGACGUGCCCUACUUCCCCUCGGGGUGAUGCGUGCUCAGGAUGUCCCGGUG